AUGGCGCAGAACCAAGCAGUCAAGACGGUCGCGGCGGGCGUCGCAAAGGUCGUCGACGUGCCCGUCCCCGCCCUCCCGGCCGACGACUACAUCCUGGUCAAGACGACGGCCGUUGCCGUCAACCCGACGGACUGGAAGCACGUCGACUUCGCCGACAAGGCGGGAUGCGUCGGCAUCUGGGUCGGCUGCGACUACGUGGGCGUCGUCGAGGAGGUCGGCAAGGGUGUGACCAAGGACUUCAAGAAGGGGGACCGCAUCUGCGGCCCUGUCAACGGAUCGAACGGGCUGAGGGAGGUCGACGGCGCCUUCGCGAAGUACAUUGUCGUCAAGGGUGACCUGCAGAUCAAGACGCCGGACAACCUUUCCGACGAAGAGGCCGCGACGCUCGGCAUCGCCGUCACGACAGUCGGCCAAGGCCUGUACCAGACCCUGAACCUUCCCCUCCCCACCGCCCCGACAACCGACCCUUCGGCCACGAUCCUCAUCUACGGCGGCAGCACGGCCAUGGGCAUCUCGGGCAUCCAGUAUGCCCGGCUGUCCGGGUACAAAGUCCUCGCGACCGCGUCGCCGCACAACUUCGAGUACGUCAAGUCCCUGGGCGCGAGCGAGGUGUUCGACUACAAGUCGCCCACGGUCUCGGAGGACAUCCGCCGGCACACGGGCGACGGGCUCACGCUGGCGUGGGACUGCCAGUCGACCAAAGAGUCGGUCGCCCUCGUCGCCAAGGCGCUCUCGAGCUCCAAGGGCGGUGUCAUCGGCACACUCCUGCCCGUCGACACGAAGGUCGCGCAGGAGGUCAACCCCAAGGUCGAGGUCAAGAUGACCAUAUACUACAGCGUCUUUGGUGAGGAGUAUGGCUACUUUGGCAAGAGGAACGCCGUCCCCGAAGAUUACGAGUUCGGCAAGAAGUUCUGGGAGAUCAGCCGCGGCCUGCUGGCCGACGGCAAGCUCAAGCCCAUCCGCGUCAUCAAGAACCAGGGCGGCAGCGGCCUCGAAGGCGUCGUCGUCGGCCUCAAGGAGCUGAAGGAGGGCAAGGUCAGCGGCGGGAAGCUGGUAUACACCAUCUGA